ACACGAGAUCGUGACGUCAUCUCAGCGCGACGAUUGAUUCCUCGGAUUUCACCAUGGCAGAAGAGGAAUCCAAGAAAGUGAUCAAGUUAGUUCCUGAGUAUCUCCUGAAGAAGAGGAAAGCGUACCAGGCCAUUAAAGCCACUCAAGCCAAGCUUGCACUGCUUGAGAAGAGAAAGGUAUCAAAAGGCAAACCGAUAAAGUUCAAGCGUUUGGAAGAUUUCCUGAAAGACAGCCACAGGAAGCAUCGUGAUGAAACUCGCAUCCGGAGAUCUGAACACAGGCCGCCUCCUCCUCUGCCUCCUGCUAAGAACAAGCUCGCCUUCGCUGUCCGCAUCAGAGAGUGA